UGUUGUUGUCUCUGCUCGUUGAGUCGUCUUAUUCCAACUCACAACCGUUGAACCGAUACUGACACUUACGUACAGUGUACAUAUAAGAUUCAGAGGCCUUACAGUAUUCCUUGUUUUUAUAGACUUCCUUCCUCCUCCUCCUCCUCUCUUCUUCUUUCUUCACCAUUGAUGGUCAUGGAAGCUCUCCGUCCGGUACUCUUCCUAUGUUCGAUCAGCUUGACGAUGCUUGGCAUGGUUCAGGGGAGUACUUAUAAUGGUGGUCGAGUUGGUUACGAUGGGUGCGAGGCCAAUGCGACGAGGCCGCACGGGCACAAGGACUGGUUCAAGCCGAGGAGCCAGCAGACUAUCGUGGUGGAUGCCAACGGCUCCGGAGACUUCCUGUCGGUGCAGGACGCGGUGGACUCUGUCCCGGAGAACAACAUCAAGCGGGUCAUAAUCCACAUCCACGCCGGCUGCUACAUAGAGAAGGUGACGGUGCCGGCGACGAAGCCGUACAUCACGUUCCUCGGCGCCGGCCGCGACGCGACGGUGAUCGAAUGGCACGACCGCGCCAGCGACCGCGGCCCCAACGGCCAACAGCUUCGGACAUAUAACACCGCCUCCGUGACGGUUUUUGCUAAUUAUUUCCGAGCCAGAAACAUCAGCUUCAAGAAUACAGCGCCGGCGCCGCAGCCCGGCAUGGAAGGAUGGCAAGCGGCGGCGUUCCGGAUCUCCGGCGACAAAGCGUACUUCUUCGGGUGCGGCUUCUACGGUGCGCAGGACACGCUGUGCGACGACGCCGGCCGGCACUACUUCAAGGACUGUUACAUCGAGGGCUCCAUCGACUUCAUCUUCGGCAACGGCCGGUCUAUGUACAAGGGUUGUCAGAUCCACUCGAUCGCGAACCGGUUCGGGUCGAUCGCGGCGCACGGCCGGAGCAGCCCGUGCGAGCGGACCGGGUUCGCGUUCGUCAAGUGCAGGGUGACGGGCACGGGGAUGCUGUACGUGGGGCGGGCGAUGGGGCAGUACUCGCGCAUCGUCUACGCCUACACCUACUUCGACGACGUGGUGGCGGCCGGCGGCUGGGACGACUGGGACGACAACAGCAACAAGAACAAGACGGCGUUCUUCGGGGUGUACAGAUGCUACGGCCCGGGUUCGGCGGCGGUUCGAGGGGUUUCCUGGGCGAGAGACCUGGAUUACGAGAUGGCUCGGCCGUUCAUCAAGAAGAGCUUUGUUAACGGGAGGCACUGGCUUGGGCCUUCAGAUCCCUGAGAGAUUAAUGUUUGUUAGUAUCUAUGUAUACUUAAUUUGAGACUUACUAAAGGUAGAGUUAGCUAGGGAUUGAUGGUGUGCAUCGUAGUGAUCAAUUGUUUAUUUUUUUUAAAAAAAACGCAUAUUGAUAGAAUAAGUUUUGGAACUAAUUAAUUCUUAAUCUUUUGAUAA